CCAUAGUUCAUUUGGUUCGUUCAGUUGCCCAACACAAGAGUUUAGCGCGCUUGCCGGUUCACUCAGUGCGUCUCGAUCGACGGUAGCAGGCGCACGUCUCAGGUUCACACAAAUCUGAACUUUCGCAAUAACUUUUAAACUUUUAAGUGCAAGGACGACCGGUUAAAAAAUGACGGCAGCCACCUUAGUUCAGCCCACGGGUGAACUGUGGAAGAAGACCCGAAUCGAGCUGAAUGAAGAUCAGAACACGAAGGACCGCGAUCUCGACAUCAUCAAGGAGUGGCUGAGGAAGCAGCCGCAUCUGCCGGAUGAGUUUGAUGAGCAAUGCCUCCGUAACUUCCUUCGCGGCUGCAGCUACUCCCUCGAGAAGACCAAGCGCAAGCUGGACAUGUACUUCACCAUGCGGGCCGCGUGCCCCGAGUACUUCUGCAAUCGCGACAUGAGCCGACCGGAGUUGAUGGAUCUGGCUAACAGAGCUCAAGGACCACCGCUGCCAGGCCUGACCCCCAACGGUCGUCGUGUCACUAUCUGCAGAGGAAUAGACAAGAACGUUGACACUCAUCAACUGAUCGACGCGUUCAAGAUGGCCAUGAUGAUUGGCGAUGUGCGACUGAAAGAGGAGAUAGAGGGAGUUGGAGGAGAUGUCUACAUUCUAGACGCUUCUGUCGUGGCUCCAAGCCACUUGGCCAAGAUUUCACCAACCGCUGUGAAAAAGUUCUUGAUAUGCGUGCAGGAAGCCUACCCUGUAAAGUUGAAAGAGGUGCAUAUAGUAAACGCAUCGCCGCUCAUCGACAAAAUCAUCAACUUCGUGAAGCCCUUCCUUAAGGAGAAAAUCAGGAAACGGAUCUUCUGCCACACCGACUUCUCGACUCUGUACGAACACGUCCCACAGGAGAUGUUACCGGAAGAGUAUGGUGGCAACGGAGGCUCCCUUGCCGAUAUUAACAAAGCGUGGCACGCGAAGCUGAUCGAAUACACCCCCUGGUUCAAGGCCCAAGAGUCAGUGAAAGCCAACGAAGCCCUCCGGCCCGGGCGGCCCACAAACUACGACGAGCUUUUCGGCAUCGACGGCUCCUUUAGACAGCUCUCUAUAGACUAGGAUGUGUUGUAAUGGGGCCCACUGAUUACCAGUCCGCCGGACGACAUCGGUCUGUCAGUUGUUCGGAGCUGUCAAAUUUUUGUUCUGAUAGGCCAAUAUCGUCCGGCGGCCUGUUAGUCAGUCGGGUUUACACUGUAAACUCUCGCGUUUUGUAUACAUAUUUAAUUACGCAAACGGGUCUACCGCGACCACAGCUGGUGUAACUCAGCUGAAACGUCGGAAUGAAAGGUAAAAACAAUGAAAUUAUAUCGCGGUAGACCUGUUGUGUAAUUAGAAUGAAUUGUGUUCACGUGUGGAUGCAGUUAAGCGUAAAGAUAAUACUAUAAGGACUUUCUCAUUCAAGUGGUGGCACAACGUCAAAAAUUUAAGGGCUAUGUACAUAUAUAGUUUUUAUAACCGUAAAAUCAGGUAACUUUAGUCGAGAACUUAGUUAUAACUAAGGUCCCAAUUUAAGUUUCAAUAAAAUAAUGCAUAAGUACCUACUCGUAUUUUUCAAAUUAUGUUGAGUAUAAUUAUAGAAAUAGCAUUAGUGUCUCUGAGCUCCAAAAUAAAUGUACCGAGUACAAAAUCAUAAAGGCUCGUUAAGAAUCAACGUUAAAAACUGGACCAUAGUAAUGUUGUAGUAUUGAAUUAAAGUUACCUGAGUUUACGGAACGUAAGGAAAAUAAUUAAUAAGUAAUGAAUGUAACAUGAGUGGCUCUUUGUUUGUUCAAAAUGUUUUGUGGGAUGAAUCUUUAAUCUUAACAAAAGGCGAAAAAUGUCCGUGCGAAGUUAAUGAUGCAAGCGUUAUAAUGUAGAUUCAAAAAUUUAAAAACACAAGGUACUUAUGUAAAAUAAGGCUUGCGUCUUUACCAAAAUACUUUUUUAGAGUGAGUAUGGUUGACUUAAUACAAUUUGUACCGAUCUUGUAUGUGUAUAAUAGGUGCAAAUUAUAUUUCGUCAAAUAUACUAACUUGUGACACAGACGUGGCUCACUGCGACGAUCUUUUUACAGCUUUUUAUUUGAGACUUAACUUUAGACUGUAAUUUUAAGAUAAAUUUAAGGAUGUAUUGAAUAUCCGUUGCUUUAAAAAGUUUUUUUUCACCACACCAGCUCGGAAAGGCUUACUUUGCACUUCAAAAACUGAUAGCAAAGUUGCAUUUUAUUCACAUGUGAGGCAAAGUAAUCAAAUGCAAAUUUUGAGUUGUUUUCUUAUGUUUGCUGGUAGAAUGACUUUUAAAUGAUGGUUUUGGAUGAUAAAUAUUUAAUAACGUUCAUUUGGAUUUGAUUUGGUUUGAUUUUGUUUGAUAUUUUACAUUUAAUAUUUGCUUCGGGUUGGUGUGGUGAAAAAUUUUGUGUUUCACUCGGGGGCAAAUUUUGUUUAACCCUCGUGCUUUGAAACCCUCGCAAAGACUCAAGAUUACAUUUUCGAACCACUCGCUACGCUCGUGGCUCAAUUUUGGAAUCUUUCGCUUGCUCGGGUAUCAAUAUUAGCACGAGCGGUUAAACAACGACUUUGCCCCCUUGUAAAACAAAUAACUAUUAGGUGCCUGAAUACCUUUUUUACUAUGGCUUAGGGAAAUUAAUGUGCUUUAAGCAUUACUUUAAAUGUUACGUUUACUUUUUUAUUUCGUGAUACUAAUGCUGUUAGAGCUAUUAUUUCUUUAUUUCCUUGUUUUACGUUUAUUGCGUAUAUUGAGCUGGGUAAAAUAAGGUUAUCAUUUAUAUUAAUAUUCAUACCUGGGAUAACUCGAGGCAUCUACCGGGUGUGGCCUGUAACAUGAGCAAAAAAUUAAACUGUAGGCUGUACUCCUCAUACUGACCAACAUUUGUUCAGCGACUUUUAAAAAUAACUUGGGGUUUGAUAUUUAAUACACUUUAAAGUUUAUUCUAAGACGCAAUGUAUUGCGAAAUUUGUUAUGUUUAAAGCGUGACAAGCAACGUCAAUCACAAUGAUAUGGCGUGGCGAUGGCGUCCAUUGAAAAUAAUAUUUAUUUUGUAUGAAAAAUAGGGAGUCUAAAUACUUCAUAAUUUUUAUAAGUUGUAGAACAAAAGUGUCACCGUUUGAGGAGUACAAUCUAUGUUUUAAUUAUUUGCUCGUGUUACAGGCCACACCGUGUAUACGAAAGUGAUGUAGCAAAAUAUUUUAUCGACAAAAAAUAUAUCGAUAUUACUGUCAACAUCUAAAUGUUAUUCGACAUAAAUAAAUAUUACUUAUUUUUUCCUCAUUUUUAAAUAAAAAACUAAACGAAUUAAAAUGUGUAGAUAUAUGUUUAUUUUAAAAUACCUAUAGGUAGUUUUGAAAAUACAUAUGUUACAAUCAAUAUUUUUUCCAUAUUCGUCGGUAUUAAUGAUUGCCGUCUAGAUAAAAAUCUAAACCUUUUUAUAGUAAUCGAGAUUGUUCAUGAGCACAUGAAUUUAAUUAUAUCGACAUCUUUUUUAUCGAUAUCAAAUCCCUAGAACUUGCCCCGAGUUAUCCCAGGUAUGUAAUAUUAUAUUUAAGUAUGCUUAAUUAACUUAAUUUUAGGUUUACUCUUUCAGUUUUAUAAUAUAAAUCGAUUUUUAAU